AUUUUUGUUUUCUUGCCAAAGGUUAUAAAAGUGUUAAAUCUGCUGGAACGGUUAGUCAUUUUCGCUGAAGGAAGAUGGCGGCUCCUACAAAACAGUACGGCCUGAUCCUGCCCAAGAAGGCUCCGUCCAGAUCGGCGAUGCUGCAGCGCCCCUCGGUGUUCGGGGACGACUCGGACGACGAGGCGCCAGUGGGAGAGAGUCUCCGGAAGGAAGGUGUCAAGAAGAGGGUGAUGAAACAGGUGAGCCCCUCUCUCCCGCACCAUGUCCAAGCAGUGAGGCGCCCUGUGCAGAGUCUUCAUCCCUCCCUCCCUGAGCGCCCUGUGCAGAGUCUUCAUCCCUCUCCCCUCCCUCCCUGUGUCCCGCCGCAGCCCAAGUACAUCGCCAGCCUCCUGCAGGCCGUGGAGGAGCGGAAGAAGGAGCAGGAGCGCCGGGAGGAGCGCAAGAUCCAGAAGGAGAGGGAGGCGGAGGGGGAGCAGUUCAGCGAUAAGGAGGCCUUCGUCACCUCCGCUUACCGCCAGAAGCUGCUGGAGAGACAGCAGGAGGAGGAGAAGGAGCGCAGGGAGGCCGCGCUGGAGGCUGCCCUGGAUGUGAAGAAGCAGAAGGACCUGAGCGGCUUCUACAGACACCUGCUGAACCAGACGGUGGGCGAGGAGAGCGUCCCGGACAGGAGCAGCCAGAGGACGCCGCAGUGCGAGCCCCCCGUAGCGAAGGACCGGCAGGCCCAGCCGGCCGACGAGCGCGACCGGGACAGCGACUUCGACGUCCACAGCGAGGACGGCGACGGCGGUGGAGGGCGGGACGCUGGCAAAAGUUCCGAGGUCAGCAAGCCCGAGACCGCGCGCUCCAAGCGACAGUACCGGCAGCGGUCGCUGUCCUCGGAGAGCGAGGAGGAGAGGGAGGCGGAGAGCAAGAAGCACAGGGACAGGGAGAGAGGGAGACACCGGGAGAAGAGGCACCAUGGCGACCGGGAGAGGGAGAGGGAGGACCGGCGCAGCGGCGGCAGCAGGAAGGAGGAAAAGGAAGACAGGAGAGACAGAGCGCGGCAUGGAGAGGACGAGGAGAGCAGAGGGCGAGACGGGCGCGAGAGGAGAGCCCGGGAGGACCGGCACGGGAGAAAAGACAGGAGAGAGCCCAGCCCGCGGCAGAGAGCGGGCGCAGAGAAGGGCAGCCGCAGUCCCUCCCCGGCGAGGCCAACAGGGGGGGCCCCAGAGGAGCCCGGGGCCGAGCCCCAGCAGCCAGCAGCGGCCAGCGGGAGCAAGUUCACCAAGCGCAGCAGCGAGGAGACGGUGAUGUCCGCGCGCGAGAGGUACCUGGCCCGGCAGAUGGCGCGCUCGGGCGCCAAGGCCUACAUCGAGAAGGAGGAGGACUGAGCGCGGCUCCCGCCGGGGGGAGCUGAAGGGUAAGACCAGCUCCCCCCCCUGUGCAGAGGGGGUUCAGUUGACAGACGUGAUUCCUGCGUGGAAGGAGGUUGUGCUCUAGCCUGAAGAUGGCGCAGCGCAGGAAGUGCUUGACACAGCAGGAAAGUGAGCUCUUCCUGACCUGGAUUACAAACCAAACUCCAGGCUGUUCCAGUACGUCUAGGGUCAAUGUUAGGAUUAAAGACUGAGAAACAGCAGCUCUAUUUUUAUUAGUCACUAAAAAGCAGCAUGGUAUCAGAGGGCAGGUGGUUGCGUUGGGCAUGGUUACUCCUGGGUUGUCCACGGUGACCUGGCUGUGCCUUGUGCUCAACAGUGCUGGUAUUAUCCACCACCCCCGCCCUCCCCUGCCUUCCUGCUGAGUCAGCCGGAAGAUCCGUCGCCCCCUGCUGGACGGAUGGCGGACGGCAGGUGAGGGCCGAGUCGCCCCACGACGCCCGCAGCUCACCCGUUCCUCGGGAGACGCAGACGUGCCGUCAGUGGAGGGAAGGUCCUGAGGAGCCGCUACGCGCACGAGUGGAAAGAGGGCUGUCAUUUCUUGCUGGUUUCAAUUUUUUUUUUGUGUGUGUGUGCAAAAUUGUCUGCAAAUUUGUUUGCAUUUAUUCAUAAACGAGUUUAUUUUCCUUGCUUCUGGCACACUCCUGCAGGCUCUUGGCUGUGCAGUAAUGUCACAAGCAAGGCUGUUAAGUUACCAACAGGAGCAGGUAGUGGGGUGUCUGUAACCCUCUAACCCCCCCACGUGAGUGAGAGAAGGAGCAGUUGGCUGCAGUGCACCAGAAACAUCCCCCAUUUUGACCAGGACAAAAAAAAAGUCAGCUGUUGGACGAAGUGUUUCGGUGUGGUCAAGAGUUGUGGCUCUUGGGAGCCAGAGUGGUCUCUGUUUGGCAGAAAGCUCCAUUUUUAUAGCCAUGUGGCUUUUUCUUUUGAAGUGUUCCUUUCGGAAAAGCACGCCUAUACAUCCAUCAGGUGCAUUGUUCCGAAAUUGCAUCUGUUGUUGCAAUUAUUCUUAUUGAAUUUUGCCGCACCUUCUCGAUCACCAGGCUGCUGGCUCGGGAGUUAAUGAGACAAUCCAUCCCUGCCGGGUGGCAGGCGACGUGCGGAUGUUUGUAUCGCUGUACAUAUUGUUACGCACUGAGAGAUUAAAGCCCUGAGUGAUAAUGGA